CUGCCGGGCUAAGCCCGGGGCAGAUCAUGGUGGCGGGGGUCUCUCCUUCUCUCCCGUGUCUUGGCGUACGGUGGGGCCCCUGGCAUGUGGAGGAGCGGCUGGUCGGGUCCCGUGGGGCGGCGCUCAGCCUUGCCUCAUGGUGGCGGCGGGUGGCGCUGCGGCAGGACGUAUCUUGGAUUAGCAGCAGCAGCGGAUGGAUGCGCUCCUCUGCACUGCGCAAAUGGGUGGUGGGCAAGACGCUGGCCCCCGUUGCUGAUGGCGUGCUGGAGGCUUGGGGUGCCACCAAGGACUUGGAUCUCAACAUCAAGGCAUUGAGGUUGGAGCUGCUGCUCGUCCAGGCCAGCCUUGAAACCGCCAGGCGCAAGCAGGUCGAUGGCCCGGCCAUCCAGGAGCUAUUGGGGAAGCUGCGAGACUCCGCGCUCUCUGCAGAGGACUUGUUGGAUGAGCUGGACUAAUCCCUAGCGGGACGGAGCGAGUCCCCUCGAGAGAGUUCUCGUUGAGAGUCGUAGCGAGGUCACCU